AUGCAGCCUGCUCUCGGAGCCCUCGGGCACACCUGGACUGCCAUGCGAGUCAUGGAGUUCAUCUCUCUGAUCACGAUCAUUGGAUUGACUGCCAACUUCAUUGGUGAGAUGGUCAAUGCUGACUAUGCGGCGCCUUCUGCCUUGAUUGGAACACUGGUUGUUGCCUGCAUCUCAACCCUCUACAUUGCCAUCUCCUACAUCCUCUACUGGGAUGGCAUGCUUCCUCUCCUCCUCUCCACUGGCGCCGAUAUCAUGCUUCUCGUCGCAUGCAUCGUGGUCGCCUGCACUGUCGGCAAGCCCGUCAGCUACCUCUCAUGCCCCAAGUUCCCCUCGGACGGCAACACAGCCAACUUUGUCAACUCCCUCUUCCACAACGUCUACCACUCCCGCGGCAACACUUUUGCCUGGGUCGACCCAGAUAAGGCUUCGUGCUACCAGAUAAAGUCCAUCUGGGGUCUCAGCAUUGCCCUCUGUGUGCUGUUCGCCUUCUCCGCCAUCACCUCCGGAUGUCUCUGGAAGCGAACAAAGGGUGCCCCUCGUCCUGCUCCCAAGGACAUCGAGGGCUGA